AAGAGCUCUCAGCUUCGCGGAGGUGCGCUCUCCUUUGUGCGUUUUUUUCCUUCUUGGCCCAUCCAAUUAAUAAGCAAUUCCGUCGUGUGUGUUCCGUUCCGUUCCGUCGUCGUCGUCGCGAGUUCCCUUUUUCUUCCCCGUGGCAGCCGGAAGUGAAUGUCCUACGCAGUGAUGCAGCAGCCCGUGUCAAUCAAGUCCGAGCCGGAUUGGAGCGAUCUGAUGCUUCCGGAGCAUGACAAUCGGGGCUAUUUGGCCCAGCAGCAGCUGCACUACAGCCAAAUGCAGCAACAGCAAGCUGCGGCGGCGGCGGCGGCUGCAGCAGCGGCCGCAGCCCAACAGCACCACCAUCAGCAACAGCAGCAGCAGCAGCAACAACAACAGCUUCCGCCAAGCCACCAGCAACUUCCGCCGGUGGUCAUGGGGAAUCCGUCCCCGCAGCACCCCCAGCAACAGCAGCAGCAGCAGCAACAAAUGAGAAACGGGAAUCACCCGGCACCGGCCGCGGCCAACCUUCAACAGCAGCAGCAGCAGCAACAGCCGCCCAUUUCCAACGAUCCCGUGGACAACGAGCCGCUGGACAUAAUCGAAACGAUCGAUUCCGACGAUAAUGACUUUGCCGAAGCGGAAUCGCUGACCCUCCAGCAGUACAAGAAAGAUGAAAAGCUGUGCGAGUACUACCGCCGGAUGCCGGUCCUGUACGACAAGAGCCACCCGCACUACAAGUUCCAGUCGAAGAAGGAGAAGGCCUGGCGCGAGCUCGGCCGGCUCUGCGACAUGAACGUGGACGCGUGCAAGAAGCGGAUGACCUACUUCCGGUGCCGGUUCACCGUCGAGCGGCGCAUCAUGAAGAACGGCGUCAACUGCAGCGAGUGGCCCCUGCUGGACAAGCUCAAGUUCCUGAACAAGCACAUCAAGAUCCGGCGGCCGCGCGCACCCAACGGGGACGUCGAUCCGGACACCGAUGACGAAUCGAACCCGUUGCACGCGCUCCGCAAGCGCCAGAUGGAGGACGCCAAGGACGACCUGCACGCGUACCUGGACCUGCAGCAGAUGGCCGCGGCGCAGAACCCCCAGGCGGCAGCCCUCCACUACCAGGCCCAGCAGGCGGCCAAGAUGCAGCAAUACCCGCACGCGCAGGGACCUCACGGCUUCCAUCCGGGCCAGGACGGCCUCGGACAGCAGCAUCACAUGCAAUCGCCGCACGUCGGCCAAUCUUCCCACCAGGGCCGCGAUGGUCACCACGGCUCGAUGGGCGGCCCCAACCACCUGGGCGCGGCAGCCGCUGCCGCCUUCCGCCAGGGUCUGUCGCAGCCCACGCCCGCGGAAUCACCCAUCCCGGCCUCCAACGUGGAAGUCUCGUACGGUGGCGGUGGCCCCUCCAAACGGCAGCGACUGCACGCCAGCGGCGUCGCCGGGUUCGACAUGGACGAAGCCAACUCCGUGUCCAACUUUAACCUCAACCGCACCGUCAAGUACCACAACAACAUGGACCACUCGGUCAGCUUGGACGAGCACGGCGCGUUCGGCCUGUACGUCGGCGAAAUCCUGCGCAAACUUCCGGACCGGCUCGGGUCGGUCACCUCGCUGAAGGUCAUGCAGCUGCUGCACGAGGCACAAAUCCAAGCGCUCGACAUGGCGCCGGCGGCAACGACCGCGCAGACGGCUGUUACCGGAGCGGCCAGUACCUCCAGCAAGAAGGACGCCGGCUCGCCGCACAGCGUCGCCGGCAGCGAAGAGCGCAAGUCGACGGAAAGCAACGAGAGCAAAGAGUAGACAGAUGCCAUCGCUCGAGCAAAAACUCAUACAAACGAACAAAAACAACAAAAGUGUAUUUAUUUGGAGGAAAAAAUACUCGAGAGAAACGAGUAUUCCGGAGUUUGUAAGUUUUAGGUGGACACCAUUUCCUCGACAAAAUUUAAAGGCAAGAUAAAAACCCAUCUCCAGCGUCGAAUUUUAAGAAGAUUAAACUAGGCAGGACAGAACGAACAAAUCCCAUCAGCAUGUUUUAAUUUUUCACCAGACUACAGAAUCAUUCAGCAUUUUAAUUCGAGUUAGGUUUAUGUUUGUUUGAUAAGCAGAGGAACGAAUCAUAUUUUAUAUAAAAAGUAAGAGCAAGAAACCACAUGUCGAUGUCGUCGUAUUCCUCAGUUCUAAAUAGCUUGGUAGGUUUUAGGGAUUAUUUUAGCAAUUGAGUAAUAAACAAAAAGUGAAAUAGUAACGAUUUAUCAAUAUUGGACAGAAACUAUAUACAAAGAAUCAUAAAGUAAUACCAAUAAAUGUGAAUUAUGUUAACAUACAA